GAUAAAGCAGGGACAUUAAGAAAUAAAUUCCCCCUCACGACCCUCGCUGAGCUUGCUGCGCGGGUCCCUGCAUACUGAUGUAGCCGCGGGGCACGAGCGGCUACUUAGCACAGCGGCUGCUCCGAGGGGCAGCUGCGGUGGGGUGAGCCGGGUCGCGCGUGGGGACGCUGGCAGCCUCCAGGACUGAACUUGGCUAGGCUAGGGCGGAGCGAGGCGGGAGCGCGAGGGGCUGGGAGGGGGCGGGGAGCGCUCGCUCUGGAAGCUCCUACCCUGUGGCGCUGCCGGAGCCUGGAGCAUCCUGCCCCGGAGCGAGGCUCAGGAUCCUCCGCGCGCUCAGCAGCGGCGGGAGGAGGAGGAGGCGCGAGACAGGGGGAUCAGCGACAUCUAUAGCCCUGGAACUGUGCGGGCUUGGAGGCAGCUCCAGGAGCCCCUCCAUCACAUGUGCAUCUGACAAGCUGGUGACCAAGAUGCCCAGAGACUAGUGUCCAUGCUUGUGUGUCAUUUAGACAGUCAUCAGACACAGCAAGCCUCCAGUCUUCCUGACCUUAGGGACACUUCCCAUCACUGCUCCUGACGUCUGCCCGGUCAGCCCUGGCUUCCUUAGAGAGCAAGGAAGGGGCGGGGACACAUGAAAUCAUGCCACCCAAGGUCGAAUGGCAAUGAGCAGGUGACGCCAAGUUGACGUCAAAGACAGAGACGACAGGAACUCUGCAGCCAGCUCUUGUCCCCGAGUCAUCUCAGCUUGGAGGUCUUCUGAAGGACGCGGACACCAUGGAAGAGCAGACAUUUGGGGUUCAGCAGAUCCAACCGAACGUCAUUUCUGUUCGUCUCUUCAAACGCAAAGUCGGGGGUCUGGGCUUCCUGGUGAAGGAACGGGUCAGCAAGCCACCCGUGAUCAUCUCAGACCUGAUUCGAGGAGGUGCCGCGGAGCAGAGUGGCCUUAUCCAAGCCGGAGACAUCAUUCUCGCCGUCAAUGGCCGGCCCCUGGUGGACCUCAGCUAUGACAGCGCCCUGGAGGUACUCAGGGGCAUUGCCUCUGAGACCCACGUGGUCCUCAUUCUGAGGGGCCCUGAGGGCUUCACUACACACCUGGAGACCACCUUCACAGGGGACGGGACCCCCAAGACCAUCCGGGUGACCCAGCCCCUGGGCCCCCCCACCAAAGCUGUCGAUCUGUCCCACCAGCCAUCAGCCAGCAAAGAGCAGCCGUUAGCAGCAGACAGGAUCCCAGGACCUGGUAAUGGGCCACAGCAUGCCCAAGGCAAUGGACAGGAAGCCGGCUCAGUCUCCCAGGCCAACGGUCUGGCCAUUGACCCUUCCAUGAAAAGUACCAAGGCCAACCAACAGGACAGUGGGGAGUGUGACGAACUGCUCAAAGAGAUAGAACCCGUGCUGAGCGCCCUCAACAGCGGGGGUAAGACAGUCAACAGAGGGGGACCAGCCAGAGCAGAGAUGAAAGACACGGGAGUCCAGGUGGACAGAGAGCUCGAUGGCAAACCGCACAAAGCUCUGCCCCUGGGCGGGGAGAAUGACCGCGUCUUCAAUGACCUGUGGGGGAAGGGCAACGUCCCUGUGGUCCUCAACAACCCAUACUCAGAGAAGGAACAGCCCCCUGCCUCAGGGAAACAGUCCCCUACCAAGAACGGCAGUCCUUCCAGGUGCCCCCGCUUCCUCAAGGUCAAGAACUGGGAGACAGACGUGGUCCUCACCGACACCCUUCACCUUAAGAGCACGUUGGAAACGGGGUGCACGGAGCACAUCUGCAUGGGCUCGAUCAUGCUGCCAUCCCAGCACACGCGAAAGCCGGAAGAUGUCCGCACAAAGGACCAGCUCUUCCCACUAGCCAAAGAAUUUCUCGACCAAUACUACUCAUCCAUCAAGAGGUUUGGCUCCAAGGCCCACAUGGACAGGCUGGAGGAGGUGAACAAGGAGAUCGAAAGCACCAGCACCUACCAGCUCAAGGACACCGAGCUCAUCUAUGGCGCCAAGCAUGCCUGGCGGAAUGCCUCUCGGUGUGUGGGCAGGAUCCAGUGGUCCAAGCUGCAGGUGUUUGAUGCCCGAGACUGCACCACGGCCCAUGGCAUGUUCAACUACAUUUGUAACCACGUCAAGUACGCCACCAACAAAGGGAACCUCAGGUCGGCCAUCACCAUAUUCCCUCAGAGGACUGACGGCAAGCAUGACUUUCGAGUGUGGAACUCACAGCUCAUCCGCUAUGCUGGCUACAAGCAGCCCGACGGCUCCACCUUGGGGGACCCAGCCAACGUGCAGUUUACAGAGAUCUGUAUACAGCAGGGCUGGAAAGCCCCAAGAGGCCGCUUCGAUGUCCUGCCGCUCCUGCUCCAGGCCAACGGCAACGACCCCGAGCUCUUCCAGAUCCCCCCAGAGCUGGUGCUGGAAGUACCCAUCAGGCACCCCAAGUUUGACUGGUUCAAGGACCUGGGACUCAAAUGGUAUGGCCUCCCUGCGGUGUCCAACAUGCUGCUGGAGAUUGGGGGCCUGGAAUUCAGCGCUUGUCCCUUCAGCGGCUGGUACAUGGGCACAGAGAUUGGCGUCCGUGACUACUGUGACAACUCUCGGUACAACAUCCUGGAGGAAGUAGCCAAGAAGAUGGAUCUGGACAUGAGGAAGACAUCCUCACUGUGGAAGGACCAGGCACUGGUGGAGAUCAACAUUGCUGUUCUCUACAGCUUCCAGAGUGACAAGGUGACCAUCGUUGACCACCACUCUGCCACCGAGUCCUUCAUCAAGCACAUGGAAAACGAGUACCGCUGCAGAGGGGGCUGCCCGGCAGACUGGGUGUGGAUUGUGCCCCCCAUGUCAGGCAGCAUCACCCCUGUCUUCCACCAGGAGAUGCUCAACUAUCGACUCACCCCAUCCUUUGAAUACCAGCCUGAUCCAUGGAACACCCAUGUGUGGAAGGGCACCAAUGGGACCCCCACAAAGCGGCGAGCCAUUGGCUUCAAGAAAUUGGCAGAAGCCGUCAAGUUCUCAGCCAAGCUGAUGGGGCAGGCCAUGGCCAAGAGGGUCAAAGCGACCAUCCUCUAUGCCACGGAGACAGGCAAAUCACAAGCCUAUGCCAAGACCCUGUGCGAGAUCUUUAAGCAUGCCUUCGAUGCCAAGGCCAUGUCCAUGGAGGAGUACGACAUUGUCCACCUGGAGCAUGAAGCCCUGGUCUUGGUGGUCACCAGCACCUUUGGCAACGGAGACCCCCCCGAGAACGGGGAGAAAUUCGGCUGUGCUUUGAUGGAGAUGAGGCACCCCAACUCUAUGCAGGAGGAGAGGAAGAGCUACAAGGUCCGAUUCAACAGUGUCUCCUCCUAUUCUGACUCCCGCAAGUCAUCAGGCGACGGACCCGACCUCAGAGACAACUUUGAAAGUACUGGACCCCUGGCCAAUGUGAGGUUCUCGGUAUUUGGCCUGGGCUCUCGGGCAUACCCCCAUUUCUGUGCCUUUGGGCAUGCGGUGGAUACCCUCCUGGAGGAGCUGGGAGGGGAGAGGAUUCUGAAGAUGAGGGAAGGUGAUGAGCUCUGCGGGCAGGAAGAAGCUUUCAGGACCUGGGCCAAGAAGGUCUUCAAGGCCGCCUGUGAUGUGUUCUGCGUGGGGGAUGAUGUCAACAUCGAGAAGGCGAACAAUUCCCUCAUCAGCAAUGACCGAAGCUGGAAGAGGAACAAGUUCCGCCUUACAUACGUGGCCGAAGCUCCAGAGCUGACCCAAGGUCUUUCAAAUGUCCACAAAAAGCGAGUCUCAGCCGCUCGGCUCCUCAGCCGCCAAAACCUGCAGAGUCCUAAAUCCAGCCGGUCAACCAUCUUUGUACGUCUCCAUACCAACGGGAAUCAAGAGCUGCAGUACCAGCCAGGGGACCACCUGGGUGUCUUCCCUGGCAACCACGAGGACCUCGUGAAUGCCCUCAUAGAGCGACUGGAGGAUGCACCUCCUGCCAACCACAUGGUGAAGGUGGAGAUGCUAGAGGAGAGGAACACGGCUCUGGGUGUCAUCAGUAAUUGGAAGGAUGAGCCUCGCCUCCCACCCUGCACCAUCUUCCAGGCCUUCAAGUACUACCUGGACAUCACCACGCCACCCACUCCCCUGCAGCUGCAGCAGUUCGCCUCCCUGGCCACCAGUGAGAAAGAGAAGCAGCGGCUGCUGGUCCUCAGCAAGGGGCUGCAGGAAUACGAGGAGUGGAAAUGGGGUAAGAACCCCACAAUGGUGGAGGUGCUGGAGGAAUUCCCGUCCAUCCAGAUGCCGGCCACGCUUCUCCUCACACAGCUGUCGCUGCUGCAGCCCCGUUACUAUUCUAUCAGCUCCUCUCCUGACAUGUACCCCGACGAGGUGCACCUCACCGUGGCCAUUGUCUCCUACCACACCAGAGAUGGGGAAGGACCGAUCCACCACGGGGUGUGCUCCUCCUGGCUCAACCGAAUACAGGCUGAUGACGUAGUCCCCUGCUUCGUGAGAGGUGCUCCUAGCUUCCACCUGCCUCGAAACCCCCAGGUCCCUUGCAUCCUGGUUGGCCCAGGCACCGGCAUCGCGCCCUUCCGAAGCUUCUGGCAACAGCGACAAUUUGACAUCCAACACAAAGGAAUGAAACCCUGCCCCAUGGUCCUGGUCUUCGGGUGUCGACAAUCCAAGAUAGAUCACAUCUACAGAGAGGAGACCCUGCAGGCCAAGAACAAGGGCGUCUUCAGAGAGCUGUACACUGCCUACUCCCGGGAACCCGACAGGCCAAAGAAAUACGUCCAGGAUGUGCUGCAGGAGCAGCUGGCCGAGUCUGUGUACCGUGCCCUGAAGGAGCAAGGAGGUCACAUCUACGUCUGUGGGGAUGUUACCAUGGCCGCCGACGUGCUCAAAGCUAUCCAGCGCAUAAUGACCCAGCAGGGGAAGCUAUCCGAGGAGGAUGCUGGUGUGUUCAUCAGCAGACUGAGGGAUGACAACCGGUACCAUGAAGACAUCUUUGGAGUCACCCUGAGAACAUAUGAAGUGACCAACCGCCUUAGAUCUGAGUCCAUUGCCUUCAUUGAAGAGAGCAAAAAAGACACAGAUGAGGUUUUCAGCUCCUAACUGGAUCCUCCUGCCCCAUGGGAUGGCGGGGUGGCCGCCCCAAGUGCCCAAGCGAGGGCGGCCGCAGGUUGAGUAAACGCGGACACACACGGCUGAACCUUCCCCACGGGACCCCGAGCGGCUCCACCCUGCCUCUUGUCCUGUUGCUGUGUCCUGGUCCUUCCCCUCCCUCUGGGCUUUCUCUCCCCCAUCCUGGGUUUUCUCCUUGACUCUUCAGCUGCCAUGCAUCUCCCUGGUACCCUGCAGUGGCUCUUGCAAAACCGUGUCCUCCCUACCCAAUUGGCUGCCAAGGGCAGGUUGCGGCGCAUGCAACUACUGGGACACUGCUGUCGCUCCUGCUGGGGUCUGAAGGUAGCUGGCACUGGGGCUUCAGAUCGCCCUGAGCCGGCUCCUUGGACACCUCAGCCCCCUUCCGUCCGUUUCUAUGAUGGGGUAUGUAUGUGUGCGUGUGACGGGCCUACGUCAUUCUCUGUCCUCUUGCCUGCACGUGCGUGCUCACGUUACAUACAAGUCCACUGCCUUCGAGAAGGACGUUCAGUGCCAUGAAGCACGUUCCUAGCUGCUGUUAAUCCCUCCCACAUCCACCAUGACAGGCUUGCGUCAGCCUCCCUGAAACACAUUAAGUCCCAUUACUAAUCUAAGUGAACCAAUCACAGACAGAGGUAGGCAUGGGGUGAGAGAGAGGUAUUUCUUUGAAGGAGCCAAUCGGAGGAUCCGAGCUGUUCAGAGUCUCACCGUGUCAGCAGAGGUCUGUCUGGGAAAGUUACUCAGACAGUGGAUGGGGCAAGCCCCUCCCCACUCCCACCAGCCCUAUCUUGGGCCAUGAGAUGUUAGGCAUCUCUCUUAGGCAACCCCAGCCAUGGGCCCAGCAGCCAUGCUGGGCAGUGAAGCAUGCUGGGAGUUGGGACUUUGCUAUUAAGAGUGUUUGGGUAAUUCUUUCUAAGUUUGUUCUUAUUACAUGAACGAAUGGGCCUUCUUUAGUGGUUUGGAGCCUUAGGAAAUGUCAAGGAAGAAUAGGAUAACUGUUUUUUUUUUUUUUUAUUUCUCCAAAUGGGCUUGCCUCCUGCUUGAAAAUAACUUCCUUCCCCCAAAAUGAGGAGCAUGGGCAACAGUGAGAAUUUUAGCCAUGACAAGUUGGCCCUCAGAGGCAACCAUCUUCUGAGUCAGCGGAGUGGUCUCUUAUCUGAAUAAAUGCAUAAACAAAUAAAUAAAAACUACACCAGACAGUCAGGAAACCCCCAUGGACCCCAGGCUCAAGAGAUUGGCUCUGGGUCCCAUGUUCUGUGCUCCUGUUUGGUUUAGUGAGACAGAAAAACAAAAAACAUUUCCUCUAUGCCUGAGCUGGUAUCUGGCCCUCCUGAUGCUAAGUAUGGAGGCUAUCAAACAGAAAGUGCUAAGGGCUUUACAGCUGCAGGUCCAAACCCUAAGGGCUUUAAUCCCACCCACUUUCUCUCUCUCUCUCUCUCUCUCUCUCUCUCUCUCUCUCUCUCCUUUUCUUCAUUCCUUCCUUUAUUUCCUUUCUUUUUUUCCAGACAAGGUCUCCUGUUGCCCAGGCUGGCUUUGAACUCACGACCUUGAAAUCCUAAUACUCCUGCCUCUACUUCCCUUGUACUAAGAUUACAAGUGUGCACAACCACAUCCAGUUUAUGCUUUGCCAGAGGGUCAAACCCAGGACCUCCUGCAUGCUAGGUGAACACUCUACCAACUGAGCUACACCCCCCAGCCUUCAAUCCCCACCCCCAAGUUCAGAGACAGGUUUCAUGUACCACGGGACACCUCCACCGUGUCCCAUCACCAACUUUGCCCCAUUUAUAAUCUCACCUGCCCUCCUUUACCAGUGUUUCCCAACUGGUCUUCCAUGACUGCAGAGACUAAGCCCCCAGUGCCCUAGAGCCACCUUCUAUAGCCUGGAGGCAAGGCAGUGACCUUGGGAGGAUGCUACCAUCCUCCCAACACAGUUCCCACCACUUUAUCCCAAGGGACUUACUUCUCAACCCUUCAAGCCUCUGGGGACACUUCUUGAGAUGUAGCUGAUUCCCCAGAUCUAAACUGCUGUGUCCAACCUCCACGGAAGAACCAUCUCUCUCCGCACGCCAAGCUGCAUGCACGCAUGCAUGGGUGAUUUUCGCACCUCUGAAUAAGGAGUGCUUUCUCUGUGACAGGCUCUUCCCUACCCCCAUCCCCAAAUAUCCGGGUGCUUCCAGUAGCAGGUAGGGCAGAUGGAAGCCUCCUAUCACUUGCCAGAGAGUCCAAAGAUAGGAUUACAUAACCAGGUUCAAAAGAGAUCUUUGUUUUUCAGUGCUGGGGAUGGACCAAGGACCUCACACAUGUCAGGCUGAGCUAUGUCCUCAACCCCCAAGAGAGAAUGGUUGAUUUCAAAAGACCUUUGAACUCUUAAUGCAGGCACUUCCUUAGCUCCUGGCUAGAAGGCCGGAGAUCAGGUCGGAUGCCUAUCUCUCCUUUCCAAAAAGCCUUAAGUAGUUUAUCCAAAGGCGAAGCAAGCUGGGCAUCCAGGGUGGGUCAACACUGCCCUCUGCUGAUGGAUUUUUUAGUUCAGGCCCACAGGUGGCAAUAGGUGCAAAGUGUGGCUUAGAAUAAGAGAGCAGAGUGGGUGAGCAUUUUCAGAGGCCCAGCUUGUAGCUGGUUUGUUUACCUCACCUUCUAUGUCGCCAAUACUCCAGCCCCAUUUCACAAGAGUGGGCUUGGCCAAGAGGAAGGUGAUCCCUCAAAACAGGAGGGCUGGAGACUUAUGUUCCCUGCCAUUCCUGUGACUCCUUCCCUAAGUUCAGCCCGUGGGAGGGAAGAGGGCUUCCCUGCAUGUCUUUGAAGCAUGUCCUUGGAGAAGAAAGCAGUUGAUUCUCUUUGGGGGGGGGGGGGGAGGGAGAAUACUUAGAUCCUCCUAUGAAGCUUUGCAAGCAGACCUGCUCACAGGUGCCAUUGCUGCCUCGCUUACACAGAAGGCCUGGUUCCUUGACAAUUCUGAGAAUCCAGAUUUUGUCUGAGCAAGACAAUGCUACAUGACAGUACCAGCCCAGUCUCUGAUGAGCUUCUGUCUUCCCCUUUCCUUAUACCACGCUCAACUUCCACAGCUGGUGGACAGCACCAUUCUGACAUCAAGAUCGUGGCUGUCACUAGCUUGAACAAGGGGAGGGGCAGGCAAAGUCACAGAUUCUUAGGCUAAGUCAGCAAGACCUGGUGCCUAUUAUAGAGAGUGAAGACAGAGAGAGUUGAGAGAGUCUGGUCUUCCAGGGGACAAAGAAGUCAAGCCUCAGUUCAAAGGAAGAAAGCUGAAUGGCCAGAAAACACAGGCCCAAGGGUAUGGAUUUCCUAGACAAAGACUCCUGCUUCGGGAAGCAAGAAUUGAGGUUUUGUUCUAGCCCAAGGCAAAAUAGACAGGUUCUGACCCUGCUGUUUGAGCCCCCCCAUUCCUGCAGCCUCUCUCUCUUCCUCUCUUUCUCCCUCUCCCUUUCUCUCUCCUCCCCCUCUCUCUUACACAUACACACACACACACACACACACACACACACAGCCUUUCACUGUGCCCUAGGAAAAUUGUGAGCUUCCAGACUGAGUUCAGCCAAGGUUUAUUUUUAUUUUCCUUCCAACUCGGCCUCUGACUCCUCAGAACCCAAUGCAGACAGCCGUCAUUUGCAGGGGUUCGGCCUUGAGGGGUCCAGGCCAGCCUGCCUUUUUUUCUUUUUCUCAUUCACUGCUAGACCCCACCUAGAGGGAAAGGCACCUAAGAGAUCAGGUUGGCCAAGCUGUGUCUCAAACGUGAAGACCCAGGGACCCCUAAGGAAUCUGUUUCCUAUCAGGAGUGGGAUAUUUUAAUUCCCAAUGCCAAAUGCUCCAAAAUCUAAAAUGCUUUGAGAACCAACAAGAUACCACAAACUUUAGCUCCUCUACAGAAGUAUUUAAAAGAAUGCAUAGACAGGGCAUAAAGCUCAAGGGUACAGCUUGCCAAUCACACCGAGUCCUGGAGUCUAACCCAGCACCGUAAAUAAAUCACCUCAGGCUAUGUAUGUCGGAUGUAUAUGUGAAACAUAAAUGAAGUUCAUGUUUAGAGGUGGCUCCCGUCUGCCAACUACCCCAUCAUGAAUAUGCAAAUGUUGCAAAAUUUAAAAAAAAAAGAAAACAA